CCCGACCGCCGGGCCCGCUCCCCGUCCGCCCUGACCCCCCGGGCCCGCUCCCCGUCCGCCCAGCAUGCUUUGUGGUUUCUCCUGCAGAUCAUCGGGAACUGCGUGUCCAUCUUGGUCCUGAGCUCGGCGCUGCCUGUGAUGUCCAGGACGCUGGGCAUCACCAGAUUCGACCUGCUCGGAGACUUCGGGAGGUUUAACUGGCUGGGGAAUUUCUACAUCGUCCUGUCCUACAACCUGCUGUUCGCCACCGUGACGACGCUGUGCCUGGUCCGCAAGUUCACCUCCGCCGUGCGGGAGGUUCCGGUCACUCUGGAGCCUCCCAGGUUCCGGCCACUGGAGACCCCUGAGAUUCCGGCCACUGGAGCCCCCCUAGGUUCUGGCCACUGGAGACCCCGAGGUUCCGGUUACUCUGGAGCCCCCCAGGUUCCAGCCACUGGAGACCCCGAGGUUCUGGUCACUCUGGAGCCCCCCGAGGUUCAGGUCACUCUGGAGCCCCCUGAGGUUCUGGCCACUGGAGACCCCGAGGUUCCGGUUACUCUGGAGCCCCCCAGGUUCCGGCCACUGGAGCCCCCCGAGGUUCCGGUCACUCUGGAGCCCCCCGAGGUUCAGGUCACUCUGGAGCCCCCUGAGGUUCCGGCCACUGGAGCCCCCCGAGGUUCCGGUUACUCUGGAGCCCCGAGGUUAGAGUCGGGCUGUCACCCGGAGCCCGUCACCCUCCUGAAGUCCCAUCGCCGCGCCGUCUGCCAUCCAGAAGCUCCCGCUCCAGCGCCGCUCUGA